CAGCAGGCGGGCAGUGUGCAUGUUCUCCCAAUUUUUUGAGCUCUUUGGACGGAGAUAGGGGAGCAUCGACUAGAGCUUGGAAGACCACCCCGGUGCUUGUUCCGACUUCACUCGACAAUAUUGCCUUGAGCAACGACUUGUAGACUGCACCUUUUCUUCGACCACCUUCGUGCAAUCGUGAGACAGAUAGCUGCCAACAUGGCGUUGAACUUGGAUUUGUCGAACGCGGCGGUGAUGAAGGAUGAGCAGGGCAGGCCUUUCAUCGUUGUCAGAGAUCAGGGCAAGAAGAAGCGCCAGUACGGCAACGAGGCCGUCAAAUCCCACAUUCUUGCAGCGCGUACUGUUGCGAACAUCGUCAAGACAUCAUUAGGGCCACGCGGGCUCGACAAAAUCCUGAUCUCUCCCGACGGCGACAUCACAGUAACAAACGAUGGCGCGACGAUUUUGCAGCAGAUGGAGAUCUCGAACCACGUCGCGAAGCUGCUGGUGGAACUUUCCAAGUCCCAAGAUGACGAGAUUGGUGACGGCACAACGGGCGUGGUCGUCCUGGCCGGCGCACUCUUAGAACAGGCAGCAGAGCUCAUUGACAAGGGAAUUCACCCCAUCAGGAUCGCCGACGGCUAUGACCAGGCCUGCGACAUCGCCGUGGCAGAGCUGGACAAGAUCUCGGAUGUCAUCGAGUUCAGCAAGGACAACACAGAAAACCUCGUCAAGGUGGCACGGACGAGCUUGGGGAGCAAGAUCGUCUCGAAGGCUCACGAUCAGUUCGCCAACAUUGCUGUGGAUGCGGUCCUCUCCGUGGCCGACUUGGAGCGCAAGGACGUGGAUUUUGAGCUGAUUAAGGUGGAUGGCAAAGUGGGCGGCGCCCUUGAGGACACAAUUCUCGUUAAGGGCGUCAUCGUGGACAAGGACUUCUCGCACCCUCAGAUGCCAUCUGAGGUGCGUGACGCCAAAAUCGCCAUCCUAACAUGCGCCUUCGAGCCGCCCAAGCCUAAGACGAAGCACAAGCUCGAGAUCAGCAGCGUGGAGGAGUUCAAGAAGCUGCAGAACUACGAGCGGGAGAAGUUUGUCGAGAUGAUUCAACAAAUAAAGGAUGCAGGCGCGAACCUAGCCAUUUGCCAGUGGGGCUUUGAUGACGAGGCCAACCACCUUCUGCUCCAGAACGACCUGCCCGCGGUAAGGUGGGUAGGAGGCCCAGAGAUCGAGUUGAUUGCCAUCGCGACCAAUGGCCGGAUCGUGCCCAGAUUCGAGGACCUCAAACCCGAGAAGCUUGGAACAGCCGGUAUUGUCCGGGAAAUGACCUUCGGCACAACAAGAGAGAAGAUGCUCGUCAUCGAAGAGUGCGCCAACACGCGGGCCGUCACGGUCUUCGUCCGAGGCAGCAACAAGAUGAUCAUCGACGAAGCCAAGCGCUCCCUCCAUGAUGCCCUCUGCGUCGUCCGCAACUUAGUCCGCGACAACCGCGUCGUCUACGGCGGUGGCUCCGCCGAAAUCGCCUGCAGCCUGGCUGUGGAGGACGCAGCCGUCAAGACGCCGGGUCUGGAGCAGUACGCGAUGCGCGCCUUCGCCGACGCACUCGAUGCCAUCCCCAUGGCGCUUGCCGAGAACAGCGGUCUGAACCCGAUCGCCACACUCGCCGAGGUCAAGAGCCAACAGGUCAAGAGCGCGGCCAACCGCGGCCGCGCAGGUAUCGACUGCAUGGGCCGCGGAUCCAAUGACAUGAAAGAGGCCUUUGUGAUUGACCCACUCAUUGGCAAGAAGCAGCAGCUUAUGCUGGCUACGCAGCUCUGCCGGAUGGUGCUCAAGGUGAAUAAUGUGAUCGUGUCGGGGUCGGGUGAGGAUGACUUUUAGACUAUCAGUGGACAUAGAAAAGAAAGGACUGAAAAAGUCCCUUGGUCACCAUGAAGGUAUCAUACUGCUAGUGUUGAUACAUGCACGCACGAUCUAUGAGACGAAUACCAAAAUAAGGCAGUCGGCAGUUACGCUAGAUGCAAAGGCUCAAUGACAGGGUCAACGUGCUUUAGG